GAGUUUUAUAAUCAUUUAAACUCUUGAUACGAUUGGUGAUUCUAUUUUAAGUUAAAUUGUUCGCGGUUUGCUAUCGUGAAGUUUAAACAAAAAUACAAUAAAUUCAAUGUCCGCAAAAUCAACUGAAACACGGACUCAUUUUGAUCCUGAAACAAGGACAUGGAGUGGUCCAAAAGUGAAUAAUUUAAAAUCAGGACCUGAUGUUUCUGUGGGACGUUGUAUAGUUGAAGGAUUACUCAAAUCACCUGAACACAUAACACAGAUCUGUCACAAUAAUGGAAAACAAUAUACCAACAAGCAAAUCCUUACAAUGAGCAUUCGGAUAGCUCAACAUCUUGAAGAACUUGGAAUUCAACAAGAAGAUGUUAUUGGGAUUUGUGCUUCUAACACCGACUACUUAGCUCCUUUGGUAUUUGGAUCUCUUCUCUGUGGAGCAAUAAUCAGUUCCCUAGAUCCUUCAUUUGACAAAGAUGGCAUUCGACAUACCUUCAAUAUUAGCAAACCUAAAAUCACAUUUUGCGAUGGCGAAAUAUACCAACUUGUAAAAGAGUCCUUAGCCGAAAUUAAUCCUUCUAUUAAAAUCUAUACGAUGAAAAAUCAUUUAGAAGGGGUAAGAAGAAUUGAGGAUUUAAUUGUUUCGACCGGAAAGGAAGCUUCUUUUGUUGUGAAACAAUUGAAACGGGGGAGCAGUCAAACAGCUGCAAUUCUGUGCUCGUCUGGAACUACUGGGCUUCCCAAAGGAGUUAGCAUGUCUCACGAGAGCAUAGUCAAUGCAGUAAUAUUCUCAUUUACAGAAGAUGACAAACUACUCUGCUUCAGUUCGAUUUAUUGGCUAUCUGGUAUUAUAAGUCUCCUGCAUGGAACUAUGAUUGGUUGUACGAGGGUUAUAACUGACCAGAAGUACGCACCAGAACUAUUUUUGAGAAUAAUUGAGCAGUACAGAGUUAAUGUAGUCUUUACUCCGCCUUCACAAAUGGCAACUGUCAUACGAUGUCCCGACUUUACGAGGACAGAUCUAAGAUGUCUAGAAACGUACUUCUGUGGUGGAAGUGCUGUGCCUUUUGCAGUUGUUCAAGAAUUUGCAGAGCAAGUAAAGAACUGCCAGAUUAUGGUUGGAUAUGGUAUGACCGAACUUGCUGGUGCAUGUAGUUUUGGUGUUCCUGUAAAACCUGGAGGAAACGGACAAUUGAUGUCUAAUGUAAAAGUUAAAAUUAUUGACGAUGAUGGAAACAAACUUGGAAUCGGUGAAAUGGGAGAAAUUUGCAUCAAGUGUCCCUUCAAAUGGGCCGGUUACUAUGGCAACCCUACUUCCACAAAUGAAAUAUACGAUCAAGAUGGCUACAUCCAUUCGGGUGAUCUUGGAUAUUUCGAUGAGAACGGAUUACUGUUGAUAGUUGACCGAAAAAAGGAUAUUUUGAAAUAUAACAAUUUUCACUUCUUCCCUACUGAAAUCGAACAGGUUAUUAUACAAAUUCCAGAUGUGGUUGAGGUUUGUGUCUGUGGAAUUCCUGAUAUUAUUUCGAGUUUCUUGCCAGCUGCAGCUGUCAUCAAAGUUCCUAAUAGCAAAUUAACUGAGGAUGAUAUUUUGAAGUAUGCAGCUGAAAAAAUGGCUCAUUUCAAACAUUUACAUGGUGGAGUUUAUUUCGUGGAUUCGUUGCCAAAAACCGCCUCUGGAAAAAAUAUUCGAGCUAAGGUCACUAAAAUUGUAGAAUUGUUAUAUAACCAAAGAAAGGGAUAAUAAUUAAUAUAAAAAAGAAAAACACAAUAAAUGUAAAUACUGAAAAAUGUUAAUAA